AUGAAGCGGCAGAACGUGCGCACGCUGGCUCUCAUCGUGUGCACCUUCACCUACCUGCUGGUGGGCGCCGCGGUCUUCGACGCGCUCGAGUCGGAGCCCGAGAUCACCGAGAGGCGGUUGCUGGAGCGGCGGCAGCAGGAACUGCGGGCGCGCUACAACCUCAGCCAGGGCGGCUAUGAGGAGCUCGAGGGCGUCGUGCUGCGCCUCAAGCCGCACAAGGCCGGCUUGCAGUGGCGCUUCGCUGGCUCCUUCUACUUCGCCAUCACUGUCAUCACCACAAUCGGGUACGGCCACGCAGCUCCCAGCACGGAUGGCGGGAAAGUGUUCUGCAUGUUCUACGCAUUGCUGGGCAUCCCGCUCACGCUUGUCAUGUUCCAGAGCCUGGGUGAGCGCAUCAAUACCUUUGUGAAGUAUCUACUCCACCGCACCAAGAAGGGGCUGGGCAUGAGGCGCGCCGACGUGUCCAUGGCCAACAUGGUACUCAUUGGCUUCUUUUCGUGCAUUAGCACUCUGUGCAUUGGCGCCGCCGCCUUCUCCUACUAUGAACACUGGACCUUCUUCCAGGCCUACUACUACUGCUUCAUCACGCUCACCACCAUCGGCUUCGGUGACUACGUGGCACUGCAGAAGGACCAGGCGCUGCAGACACAGCCGCAGUACGUGGCCUUCAGCUUCGUCUAUAUCCUCACGGGUCUUACGGUCAUCGGAGCCUUCCUCAACCUCGUGGUGCUGCGCUUCAUGACCAUGAACGCUGAGGACGAGAAGCGCGACGCCGAGCACCGCGCGCUGCUCACACGCAACGGGCAGGCGGGCGGCGGCGGCGCGAGCUGCGGCGGCGGCGGCGCGGGCGGCAGCGCGCACACCACCGACACUGCAUCUUCCACAGCUGUGGCGGGAGGCGGCAGCGGCGGCUUCCGCAACGUCUAUGCCGAAGUGCUGCACUUCCAGUCCAUGUGCUCGUGCCUUUGGUACAAGAGCCGCGAGAAGCUGCAGUAUUCCAUCCCCAUGAUCAUCCCGCGGGACCUCUCCACGUCCGACACGUGCGUCGAGCAGAGCCACUCGUCACCGGGAGGGGGCGGCCGCUACAGCGACACUCCCUCGCACCGGUGCCUCUGCAGCGCCGCGCCGCGCUCCGCCAUCAGCUCGGUGUCUACGGGUUUGCACAGCCUGUCCACCUUCCGCGGCCUCAUGAAGCGCAGGAGCUCCGUGUGA